AUGGCAGCCCCCGUCAGCGCACCGAAUCUGAUUUUGCGGAAAACUGUCCGCAUGUUUCAGGCAUUCAAAAGGGUGGAUAUUCUGCAGUUUACUAAGAGGAGGAAUCCAGCUGUGGUAUUUGGAAUUUUGUCAAGAUGCAGCCACUAUCAGAAUAACUUAAGUCUAACACUGCAUAGCAGACUCUACUUCUCAGCACAGAAAUCUCAAUUAAACCAUUCAUGUUUACCAGCAAGCUUUUGCCAGCCAUGCAGUCGAUGUUUCAGUACCCCAACUGAACAGAAGGCACCAGAGGGUAGCAGUAGUGAGGAGAAGCCUGAAGAGUUGGACACCCUAUACAAAUCAAUUGAGUUGAAGAUCAAAGGUCAUGAUGAAGCCGUACUUGACAGCUAUAAGGCAUUUGUGUCUAUGGCAGCGAAGGAACUUGGGGUUACUCUACACAGCGUAUCCAAACCGCUGAGGAAAAUUGAGCGAUUAACCUUACUGAAAUCCAGACACAUCUACAAGAAGCACAGAGUACAGUAUGAAAUACGAACACACUUCAGAAUCCUUGAGUUCAAGCACAUAACUGGAAGCACAGCAGAUGUUUUCUUGGAAUAUGUGGAGAGAAAUCUACCAGAAGGGGUGGCUCUGAAAGUGACAAAGUGUGCACUGGAAAAGCUUCCAGACCAUCUCCAGUCUCCUCCAGAGACCAAUGAUGAGUCAUCCUUCCUCUCCUCUUCCAUGUCAUCAUCUGAUUCCUCCUCUUCGGAAGAUGACGAUACGAAUCUGAGAGACACAAGGGAAUGAUGCUCCCACCUGCUACACACCCUUUACUUAAAUUAUAAACUGUAAAGUCAUUGUAGAACAUUAUGGACAUUAGAGCAUGCAGAGAGGGACGUUUACUCAACGUUUUGCUUGGUUAAGGAUGGAUAUUGUUACGAUGUUUAAAGGCCGCCUAUGUCAAGAUGAAUGAAGGUAGCUCACAUUGAGCUCGUGCUCCUGCUUUUUUUAAAGUUGCCCCAUCAAUAUCUUUGUAGUGUUGUGAGUCAUCACAUUUGGGUUAUGACAGGCAUUUUUUGCUUGGUUUGAUUGUUGCAAACUAAUGAUUUUCCUUUUGUACAAUUUGGUGCACACAGAAUCUAAAAAUUAAUGGAAAGAAGGUAAAAUGGUCAAUUUACUAUCAACUUGACAUUUUGCUUAGAUGGGGA